UAAAAGUUACAAAUUAAACAUUUUCACACCCCUCUGUUCGCAUUGGAGAUUGGAGAGCCUCUAAAAGAAUCCUCAGAAUAAAAACGAUCGCUUCUUCAUCUAACAAAACGUUAACAAGAGCCUUUCACACUCCCAAGUUCCAUAAACACGACGACGUAUCAACGGGAAUCCAAACACGUUCUUUUGUUCCACAAAAAUGGAACACCGGGGAAAGGAAACAAAAAUACAGUCGUAUUCGUAUUCAUGCAAAAAGGCGCCUUCUAAACGUUUGAGUGGCAACCUUUUCAUGACGUAACGUGUCUACGCCACUGUGUGCUACGAGUGCUACGAGCUGGCCCGUAGCGGAUCAGUGUGCCCGUAGAACCGCUACGGAACGGUCGUGCGGCGCUGCUAACUUAGCGACUUGUUGCCGAUGCCGCGAUUUUUUGUGUGAAUUCGAUUUUUGAAAUUUUGAAUGUGCCAGUGUUAAUAAAGUAACGUUGUGAUCUUUAACGUAUGUUUUCGAAAAUUGCUCUACGGAAAACAAUGUAGUUGUUAAUUGGAAAUCAGUCUAUAAUAAUAUUAAUAAUAAAACUAUUCCGAUUCAAUAAAUUAUGUACAUGAAAACAUUAAAAUAAUACCCAGAGAGAAAAGAAAAAGAUACUGGCACAUUACAAAUGUACACAAAAUUAAAAGCGCGAUGAAAAAUAAGUGAGACGGAAAAAAAAACAAAAGAGCGCUGAGUCUCAAGCGAAAAUGACUGUUGAGUACUUUUGAUGAGGGAAAAUGUACUGUUUUUGCGUGAAAUAGUGAAUAGUUGGCGGGAUGAGGAUCGAGAGGACUUGCUUUUGGUCGAUGCUGCAGGCGUUGGCGUUGUUGCCUACUAUGGCUUUGAAAGAUGCUCAAACAACCACAAAGAAAUUUCCCGAUGACCCGGAGUUUGAACGGCCGAUUGGCAAUCACACGUUCUUCCUAGGACGUGAAGCAGUGCUAGGAUGCGCUGUAACCAACCUGGGCAAGCAUAAAGUGGGCUGGCUCAGAGCAGAAGACCAAACAGUAUUAACCAUGCACGACCGAGCGGUGCUGGGCGCCCGCUACUCCGUCAGCCGAGAUUCUCCUCGGACUUGGCAGUUGAGAAUUCGGCCUCUUAGAGCAGAGGACCGCGGUUGCUACAUGUGCCAGAUCAACACACAGCCAAGCAUGAAGUGGCAGAUCGGGUGUAUAGAUGUUUUUGUACCCCCUGAUAUCGUGAGUGACGAUACGUCCGGCGAUGUCUCCGUCCAGGAGCUGGAGAACGCCACCCUCACAUGCAAAGCUACGGGUCACCCGCCCCCCAAAAUUACCUGGAGGAGGGAGGACCACGAACCGAUUCUGCUGAAGAAGACGCUCUCAAGGGAGUUUGUUAAAGUUGAGAGUUACGUGGGCAGCUCACUACCGUUAUGGCGAGUGGACCGCAAGCAGAUGGGAGCAUUUCUCUGCAUCGCGUCCAACGACGUGCCGCCCGCGGUCAGCAAAAGGAUCAUUUUACUUGUAAAUUUUGCACCAACAGUGAAAGUGCCAAACCAACUUUUGGGGGCGCCACUGGGCACGGACGUCAAACUGAAGUGCUACGUGGAGGCCUACCCCAACACCAUCAACUAUUGGAUUAAGAAUAGGGGAGAGAUGCUGCUGGACGGGCCGAAAUACACGAUAAGAGAAGAAAAGUCCUCAUACAAAGUGUCGAUGUGGCUGACGAUCCGGCAGUUCGCUCGAAGCGACAUCGGGACCUACAACUGCGUUAGCACCAACUCGCUGGGCAAGAGCGAGGGCACACUCAGGCUUUACGAAAUCAAACUAAACUCUUACAAUGAAGACUUCAGCAAUCAAAUCAGCGUAGCUGGAGGUCUCACAGAAGCAGCCAAAGGAAACUCAACGAGUAAAUUACUAUUCAAAAGGACUUUGUUAACCAUACUGUUUUGUUACCUAACAAAUGUUUAUAUGUUCACGUAGUCGUUAUAUAUGUAAAUAGGUGUUAUGUCGUUUAGGCAUGGGUGAUUAUUAAUGUAAAGUCAGGUACAGGUAAUACAUGAAAUAUUUCACAUUACGAUUAUUUUAAUGGGAUCUGAAGUAUUAAGUUGUUAAGAUUGGAUGAAGAAAACAUGAA